AGGCGUCCAAUGGUACACGGCACUCUGCACGAUUGGGUGGAAGGGAUGAGCGGUCGUGUGUGGGUGUUAGGAUGCAUGCACGAGAUACACGAGAGAGAGAGAGAGAGAGAGAGAGAGAGAGAGAGAGAGAGAGAGAGAGAGAGAGAGAGAGAGAGAGAGAGAGAGAGAGAGAGAGAGAGAGAGAGAGAGAUACAGAAAGAUAGAGUGAGAGAGAGAGUGAGAGAGAGAGAGAGAGAGAGAGAGAGAGAGAGAGAGAGAGAGAGAGAGAGUGAGGAGGGGGGGAACAAGUGAUGCAGGAAAGAGAGUACGGUAGUAGGGC